AAUUCUUUGCAUCAAACCCACAAACCUAAUUCAUACGCUGUUUCUACAGUGUUCUGUUCCUCUUCUAUUGAAUCUCAGAAAUGGAAAUGGGUAUACUGUUUAUAGAUCCAGAAAUGAGCAAUCUCUAGGGAUUUUUAUUCCCUCCUACUGAUGAUGAAUUCAUCAUUUUUCUGGAGUAGAAGAGAUUUGACCGUGAUUUCUCUGUUCAAUUCAUAUCCAAUAUUUAUAUUUAAGGGUGUGAAGCGCCGAAUUCAUCCGGGCGUUUCGCAAUUCACUCGUUUUACCUCGUUUGGUUCGAACCUUAGGUAGAACCUCAACUACUACAGGUAGAACCUCAACUACUACGAGGACUAGUAUCGUAUGAGUUGUUUUGGGACUAGUCUGAAUUGUUUCUCAGAGGUGAGAAAGAGUUAAACGUUGGCAACUACCAGUCGUUAUAUGACUUCUAAUGUCACAAAUCAUGUGCAGAAAAUAUAUUUUCUGGGAGUGUGGUAGAGGUAGAACCUCAACUACUACCAUGUAACUUUGGCUUUUGAUUUAGGAAAUCAAAUUGCGGGAAAUAACUUUUCUCAGGUAGAAGCACUACUACUUGCAGAAUUUGAUGCACUCGAUGGCUGUAAAUGGCUAGACCACAACGCAUCCUCUGCAAUGCACUUGCCAGUGGAUCUCGAACAGAGAGUUCUUUGUUCCCAACAGUUUGUCCAGGAGAAUGCUUGAGUGAGGGAACUGAACACUGAAACCAUCAAAGAAUGGUAUAACCAAGUUCUGCGAAAUUGGAGCUUGUUUGAUGGGACUGCUUGCUCAAAGAGUACCAGGGGAUGCAAAUGGUUCAUAACCUUAUAGAACUCUGUUGAAAAGUGUGCUGAAUUCAUCAUGAGAUCUACCUUAUGCAACUCCAUCCGAGAUCAGUGUGAGUUUGUCAUGAAUCAUGAGAUCCUUGCAUAAGAAUUUCUGCCAGUCAACUUCUGAAAACAAAAUUCCUAUAUAUGAACAGAAGAACCUGGAAACCUCAGAAUAAACAAAAAUCCCACAAUUUAGUAUCACAGGAAUGUGCUCAAACACUCCAUUUUUUGGGAUAACUUCUGUAACUCCGAAGCUGCCACUGCAAAAGUAUCUUCUGUUUAUGCGAAGGAGAAAGUUUUGGACACUAUAAUAAGGCCAGGGUAGAAACUUGAAAAUAAAUGAACAAAGAACAUUUUCCAGCAAUGUUUCUUUCAAAUAGUGUCCAACGGAAAUGAGUACUGGUGUUAUGCAAUCAACAUUGCAAGUGACCAAAUGGUUUCUAACCUUCAUGCUAACUUGUUUGAGUGCUGUUCUUAUUAGAGCUUAAUUUGAACGGUUUGAUCAGUUGAGAUUUGUUAGCUUAAUUUGUUUGUGAACUAAAGUAUGACACGGAGAAGACACCCAGAAAAACUUGUGAGGGAGACACAUCACCAAUCACUGUUGUUAAUGAUGUAAGAAACUAAGUUAUUCAUUAUUGUUGUAAAGCCAAGGAUUGUUUUGAAUAGUAGGAUGACUCGUAGUAAUCUUGAAAUCAUAUAAUAACGAUAGAGCUAUAAAAAGCAAAUCACUCCUUGUGGAUCACGAACCUACUAAGAAAGAGAACAAAAGGAGAAAGAAGAUUCUAGUAAAGGGCCCGGAUUUCUUUGAAUUUUCCAACUUCUUGUGAUGGAAGGAAAUACCCUCCUGUGGAAAAACUACAGUUAAAAGGUGGUAGUUACUUAAUGAAAAGAAUAUCAGAAUUAAAGGUGGGGCCUUUUUUUAGACUUCUUGGGAGUCUUGAGACUGAAGAUUACCACAGUACCAUCAUUGAUCAGACGUCAAUUAAACCGCGUUUGACAUAUCACUCAAAAAGAAAGCACUGGGUUCUAUUGAUAUAAAUAAUUGAUCACCCACUUUCCUCUUCUCUAAAAGAGUAAAUUAUUUCAUCAAAUUAAACUGGAGAUAUCUCGCUGUUCCUCUCGCUUGUGUGGUGCUGUAUCAGAAAUGGACCCUCUUGUUGGUUUCGGGUUCUAUCCGACUGAUCAAGAAAUCAUCCGUCUUCUUGUGGAGAAGAGGCGUGACCCUAGUAUAACUGUGCAUGCUAUUUAUGAAACUAAUAUCUACGAUUUCGAGCCUCCUGAGUUAUCUAGACUUUCAACAAUUCAGUCCGAUAAAAAAUGGUGCAACUUUUUCUGUGCACCUAAAUAUAUAAAUGCUGGUCGCAAAAGUGUUUACAGAGCAACCAAGACAGGAUAUUGGAAACUAACUGGUGAAGGUUAUCCCAUCAAGGACAAACGCAGUAAAAAAGUAAUUGGUUACAAAAGAGUUUUGGUUUUCUAUGAACGCCCCGGUGGUCCUAAGGAGAUUAAGACUGACUGGGUUAUGCAUCAGUUCACUGCUGCAGACAGUCCUCUUUAUAAGAAGGAUUUUGUUGUGUGUCGCGUAAAAAAGCCAGGAAAUAAGAAGCGGCGUAUUUCAACUACUGUUGGAGGUCAACAACGAAAGAAGUGCCGCAUAUCAACCAACAGUCAAUGUCAACCAAUUCAAGAUGUGGCUUUUGAUAAUGGUAAUCUUAUUGCAAAAUAUACUUCUUCAAAUUCUCAGUUAGUACCAAUUAAUUAUUUGGUUUCUAAUUUUAGAAAUCAUUAUCAUCAUGUAGAAAAUACUUCUCCAGAAUUGCAGUUACCUACAAUAGAAAAUACUCCUCCAGAAUUACCAUUAUCUGUCAUAGAAAAUACUUCUCCAGAAUUGCAGUUACCUGUCAUAGGAAAUACUUCUCCAGAAUUGCAGUUACCUGUUGUAGGAAAUACAUUUCCACUAUUUCAAUUACUUAUAGCAGAAAAUACUUCUCCAGAGUCGCAACAACUACCAAGUGAUUGUUCAGUCUACAAUACUGGACAUGAUGCUGUGGAAAACACUUUGCAAGUGGAUCCUCCACAUCUAGCAACAUUUAAUGCACUCAACGGCUGUAAUGGGCUUGUUCAGUCCUCUGUCUCAGCAGUGCAGUCACCAAUUAAUCCAGAACAGGAAUCCUCAAGUUCUGGUGUCUCUACUAAUGACUGCAAUGGUUUGGUUUCUCCAUAUAGUACUGUGUGGGAAGAUAUUCCACUGAAUGUCCAAGAUGAAUACACUAGUGAAGAAGGCGGAGAUAGUAUUCUUCCUUACUUUCAAUCAUCAAAAUCAAUCCCAGGAUUUUUUGGUGGGGAUAGAAGUGAAACAGACACUGAAUUCACUGAAUGGGUACAUGAUAUGUUUGAGUAUAAUAAUAUCGCAUCUGUAAACUACAAUGCAAUUUUGAAUUAUUGACAUUGUAUUGAUGCUUCACACCUUUAUUUUUGUAUUCAGAACUAUGUAAUCUUUAUAUGUAUUUGGAACUAUGUAAUCUUUAUAGUUUAUAUAUAUAUUUGCCUAUUUGGAGUU